AUGAGCCUGCCGCGGGCGGGCGACGAGUCGCCGCCGCCGUCGCCGUCGUCGUCCUGGCUGCCGAGCCACGUGCAGGUAGCGGUGGUGCAAGCGCGGGGGCUGCGGGCCAAGGGGGGCCCGGGCGACGCCGCCUUCGUGACGCUGCAGCUGGGCCGGCAGAAGCACCGCACCGCCGUGGCCGCGCAGAAGGGCGGCUGUCCGCGCUGGGCCGAGCAGUGCACGCUGGAGCUGCCCCCGCCGCCGCCGCCAGCCGCCCGACCGGCCCCGCCGCCCGACCCUGACCCGCAGCUGCUGCAGCUGGUGGUCUGGCAGCGAGCGCUGGUGGGCCCGGACCGCUUCUUGGGCCGCGCCGCCUUCCCGCUGGCCGCCCUGCUGCAGGACGGACGCUCCCACCCGGACCG